GAGGAAUACGAAUGUGAUCCUGGAAUCUCACGGCUGCUAAAAUUCUGCAGCGGAUUGGAAUCUAACGGAUUAUGGAUCAAACAGGAUUAUUUUGAGCUUACUAUACCAGGAACGGAGUUUUCCGUAAGUGAAAACGGAGAGUAUGGUUUACCAAAAU